GACAAACUUCCACCCUCUUGGAAAGAUUUUAAACGUAAUUUAAAACAUCAAGAUGAGGAAUUGUCAUUGGUUCAACUUGGGAGUCACUUGUACAUUGAGGAGUCUCUUCGUGCGCAAGAGAAUGACCAAAUUAUGGGUGAAGUUGAAUCUAGAUUGGCUCAUGUUCACUUGGUUGAGGAUAAUAAAUCUAACCCGAAAGAUAAGGGGAAAGGCAAAAAGCGCAAGUAUGAAGACCAUGACAAACCCAACAAGAAACCGAAAGGUUUGGUUUGUUGGAGGUGUCAAAAGGUUGGACAUGUCAAGCGUGAUUGCCGUGUGAAACUGAACAAGAAUGGCGCUGGAACGAGUGGCAGUGGAUAGGAACGGUCUAAGGACCUGGUUCCACGGAAAGGAGGAUGAUGACUGUGCAUGGUGGAUUGACUCGGGGGCUACGAUCCAUGUGUGUAAGGAUAAAGGAUGGUUUGAAGACCUAGAACCAGUGGAGGCCGG